GGGCCCAUAUGCAAACUCCACAGAUCGUAUGGCAGACAACUGGGUCCUGGCUGCGAAUCGUUUGCUCAUGUCGACAUCAUGCUUCAUGAUCUAUAUCAUGAUAGUAGGGCUGAGCAUCUGCCAGGUUAUUUGGACACUGGUAGAUCCAUCUCCAGAUACGAUAGUCUUCUGGUUUAUUGAGGCCAUAAUCAUUGGUAGUCUUUUGGCGGAGAUGUGCUUGAAGUAUCUAGCUAUGGGUUCAAAGAAAUACUUCCUGUCAUGGUCCAACCGGUUUGACAUAGUUGUCAUAAUUCUGAUGAUAGUAUCAUUAGGUCUGUACGUUCACACCCUCGGGAGCGUCAAUAAAGACGAAGCCUUCAUAGAAGAGGAUUUUGGGCUCGCGGUUUUGAUCGUCAGAAAUUUAGCCCAAAUACUACGAAUCUUCAUGCUAUUGAAAAACUCACAAAAGGCCGAUCCCUCACAAGCGGUCGACUUUACAACACUGAGGGAACCAGUAACACAUGAUGCAAUGCCACUUACGCUCGACGACGAGAUAAAUGGAUUCACCGAGAAUAGUAGCAGCUAUGACAUUUACGAUAGAGAUUAAACAUGGAGCUAACACAGACCUCACAAAGCUGACAAAUUUUAGAUUUGAAAUCAAAAUAUAUAGCCACAGGGGUGGGAUUACAUAUACUACUAGACAAUAAAAAUUAAUACGCAGACGAAUACAAUGAGGGAGUCUGUAUCACACGAAGUAAUGAUAUGUACGCUCGAGGACGACAUAUUUAAAUCAGUUUACAAAGGACAGUAGCUGCUAUAACUUUCACGAUAUAUUUAAGUUAGCACCCCUAUAUUCAUGAUGCAUAAAUAUUUAGCCUCCUGAAUAGACGGGCUGUGCCUUCGUUUUUGUGUUUU